CCUACUUACCUGCUCGGCGCCCAAAUUUCUCAAUCCUCAUUACGCGACCCUCAUCUUCAGUUUUGAUCUGUUGAUAAUGUCUGCUCCGCCUGCGAUAUGGACACAAGCGGCUCUGAGACCUUCGUGACCAACUCACAUGGCAGCGAGUCCACCAAGUUCGGCUCCUGCACAAGAUGCCGCACUGCCAAGGUGAAGUGCAGGCGACCAGGAAAUGACAACUCGAUUCCUUGCAUUCGGUGUACCAGCUCGAACCUGACGUGUGAGACGAUAUCAUACCGGUCAGGAAGGAAGCGAGGAUCAAAAAAUCGCAGAUCACGAUCAUCCGUCGUGGCCUCCCUUCGCCCUGGGGCUGACUUGGCGGAAUCUUCCACACAGGCCAUGGAUGGUAGCCUAUCAGAUCCAAUCGAUGAGAACGCUGGCCAAGCAAGACCCUUGUCCAACGCUAAAUUCUCCAUACUCGACACAGAGACCUCUCUCAAUCCUCUAGGGUACCUCACUAAUGCCGUCGAAGAACUGCAAGUCGAUGCAUUCAGCUCGCGCGGUCCGCCUCGGGCUAAUACACUCUUUUUCGGGCUACCGCGCAGCAGGCUGGACGUUGGUAUGGACAAGGAUCCAAUUUCUACCGGAAUUAUACACUAUACUGAGGCUGUCCGGCUGUUUGAAUACUAUCGAGCUCAUUUAACCGGAGUCCGUUUCGGACUUGAUCCAGAAAUCUAUACUCUGGACUAUAUGCGAUGUAGAUCCGCGUUAUUGUUCACAGCAAGCCUCGCAGGAGCAGCAAAGUUUAUUCAAGGAGCUGCAGAACUAUCGUCUCGAUUGUCAGCUCACGUGCAAUCACUUUUACAGCUCGUCUUGGAACAGGGUUACCGCUCGAUAGAGAUUGCAUUCUCCUUUCUCUUCAUUGCUCCUUGGCUGGCUCCCGGUGAACAUAUCUCCGAUGAUCCUACAGCACAGUAUGUUGCACUCUGUAUCAACAUGGCUCUGGCACUGCACAUGGACAAGAACACUACCACCGACGAGACGAUCUCCGACGCUUCAUCUCUGACUCUUAGUGUAGAGCAGAUCUUGGCUAUUGACGGCCUUGACGAUAUCUCCCUCGGUGACCCGAUGAUCAGAAGGCUGGUGAGAUCACGGCAGAGGAUGUGGUAUUGCAUGUACUUCUUUGACAGGGCUGUCGCAAUGGCCAGAGGACGUCCCUAUAUUGCCCCCAGUGGGAAGAUGCUGAGUGAAUGUGAGACCUGGCAUACGGAUGAAUCGAGUCUACCGCAAGACACAAUCAUCACUGCCAUUGUGACUCUCUAUCGGGAUUACGGGACUCUCAUAGAGGCGAUACACCUUGCAGACGAGCGAGCGGCGGGAAUAAAUGUAGAAGCCAGCAUCAUAACACUCAUUGAUGAUUAUUUCUCCUCUUGGCACGCGCAGUGGGAUCUGGCGCUUGCUGAAGCAGCCUCAAAGGCCGGUUCCACGUCUCCCUAUCCGAGCAUCAUUGUGGCACAGAUUCGACUGUCUGCUUAUGCAAUGUUGCUGGGCUCGAGGCGUAUCCGUACAGCUUCUACCUUGCUCAGACAAGCUGGUCGUCAAGCAGCAAUCGCCCUUUUAGAGCAAGUGGUAGCUCACAAGACUUGGAUUCGAUACGCACACAAUCAAACGGUCAUAAUGAUAGCUUUCGCCGUCUCCUGGGUCAUUAAAGAUCAUCAGGAGGGUUAUACGCCAGCGGUCGGGAAUUCUGCUUGUUGCAUUCCUCAGGAUCAUCUGGAUCUCAUAAACAAAGUACUCGAUGUCUUAUUCCUGAUCGGGUCCCAACCGGAGCAUCGCAAUGGCUACGGCACGGUGUAUAGCGCUCAUCUUCGGGCACUCCUGUGGAGAUUGAACACCGACAGAGUACUUGGGCCACCAUUGAGAGACAGUCCUCUGCGGGAGCUUUUAGCGGACGCAUCGGCGGUAGGUCCACAAACUCAGCACGAGUUGGAUCUCGGCUGUUGGUUGGAUUGGCUGCGGUGAUCAGGUCGUUCGU